CUAAUGUGUGAUGUGUUUCCGUCAUCAGCAGUAUGUGUGCCGUCUAAUGUCGGUCGCUCAACUGCAAAACCGUAUGAACAUUUUUCUAAUAUAGUUUCACAGCGUUACAUCAUAUCCUACAACGGAUAGCUGUUAUUUAAUCUGUGUUGAUAUCUUUAUUUAAUGUGUUGGUGCUCAGUGGGGAAAUUAGAAUGUAGCCGUCGUUUUGUUUAAAAAACGUAGGUCGACGUUAGCUGUUAGCUUUGGAAGCCGCUCUGAGCUAGGCUGUAUGUGCCUCCACAAAGGCCGUGUGCUGCUUUGUUUUCAACGAUGUAUCCCACCUGGGGGAAUUACGGUGCACCUCAGUCCCAAAACUAUGGAGGUGCUGGGCCCCGUAAGCCACUGGCUGGCAGCCACACUGGCCAGGCUCCCGGAUUCAGCGGUUUCGAGGCCUCCUCCAGCGGCUCGUUGUUUUCCAGCUUGCAGGAGCAGCACCUCCAGCAGAUGCAGCAGCUGCAGAUGCUCCACCAGAAACAGCUCCAGUCUGUAUUACAACACGGCAACAAUGCCAAUACUGCUGCUCCUGCAUACGGCGUUGCACACGCUGGUGGGUACAUGGGGUCGUCGUGGCGUCCAGAAGGACCUGCACAUGUAGACAGCGGCGCUGGCGCUCAGUCCUACUUUAAACCAGAAGAGACUUCAGCGACGAGAGUACCCCCUGCUCCCAACCAGGGUCACCAGCAGCCUCCUCCACUUCCUCCGCAACCGCAUCCCACCGAUACCCAGCCUGUGCCUCCCCCUCCAGAGCCGCAGCCAUCAAAGCCACCAGAGAACAGCAGUCCUCCCAAACCCAAGGAGGCCCCCACGGCAGAAGACGAGAAAUCCUUACCGUUGCAGGAGCAGCAGCAGCUCUGGUACAAACAGCAUCUUCAGAAUCUGCAGAAACUGAAGCAAGAGAGAGCCAAACAGAAUCAGAAAGAUGGAGAUGGCUCUUUUUCCCUGCCACCACCCCCAGGCAAAACAGCUCCUCCGCCCCCUCCAUUAGAACCACCAAAAAGCACACCACCACCGCCGCCGCCUAAAGAGGAACCUCCAACACCGCCACCACUACCUGAGGAAGUAAGGAGUGAAAAUGUAGGAAAACCACCUACAUUUACAGACACACCUGAAGUACCAAAAGACCCAGAGGAAGCUGCUCGCCUUCAGCAGUUACAGGCUGCAGCAGCACACUGGCAACAGGUUCAACAGCAGAGAGCCGGUUUACAAUAUCAGGCUCUCAUGCAACAACAUGAGAAGCUUCAGCAGAUUCUGGAGCAAUACCAACGCCUCAUUCAACAGCCUGCAAACCUACAGUCAAUGUCUGCAGAAUUGCAGCUGAGGCACUAUGAAAUGCAACAGCAACAGUUCACACCUCUAUUCCAAGACUGGAAUCACUCCUUCACCCUGUGGUAUGAGCAAUUCCAGAGCUAUCCUCAUAAAGACCAACUACAGGAUUAUGGGCAUCAGUGGAAACAGUGGAAGGAACAGAUGAAUGCAACAAAUGCCCACCUUCAAGAAAGAGUGGCUACUCUCACUGCCAUGGUACCGUUUGCGUCAAGCCAAUAUAAUAGUGGAAUGAUGGGACAGUAUGGCCAGUACCCUGUACAAGACACGCCUUUGCAGCAGUCAGUAAACCCAGGUAUACAGCAGACCCCUGUUACUGUUGGUCCAAGACUUCAAGGUCCACAGCCUACUGGUUUUGUAACACAUUCAGAAUCACCUGCUGUGCCCUCAGUUCGAGGAAGUGCCCCUAGUGGCAUAGGAGUCCAACCCCCAGUUCCCCCAGUUGUCCAGCCACCAAGUUUCAACAAUGUCAGGGGUCCACGGGUAAACAACCCCAGAUUUGAACAACCACAGCAGCAAUUUGAUGGACCUCCAAGGUUUGACCAGCCACAUCAGCGAUUUGAUGGACCCCCAAGGUUUGACCAACCGCAACAGCGAUUUGAUGGGCCUCCAAGAUUUGACCACCCACAACAACGCUUUGAUGGUCCUCCAAGGUUUGACCAACCACCUAACCGUUUUGAUGGUCCCCCUCGAUUUGACCAACCAAGGCACCGUUUUGAUGGUCCACCUAGAUUCGAUCAACAACGGCAACGGUUUGAUGGACCGCCCAGAUUUGAUCAACCUCGAUUUGGGCAGCCACCUAGGUUUGAUUCCACAAGGCUCACUGGCCCUUCACCUCGUCUUGAAUGUCCACCAAAGCUUCAAGAAAAACAGCAGCAAGGAAUGCUGCCUAAGGUGGAACCAGUCACUCCGCAACCUCCAACUCCAGAUUCUAAGACUCCAGAAAAAUCGUCUGAUAAGCCGCUAUCUGAAAAUGAAAAAGAUAAAUUGAAAUUGGUUGAUAAGAGCGCUUCUGAAGAUAUGACAGAUGACAACCUACUUUCAACUGAGGGUUUUUUUGUCCAAAGUGAACCAAUUCCUCAGACAUUACAAACAGAUACAAAACCUGAGGAUUCAAAUAGCAGUGUUACUUUGGACAAAGGUGAAAAAUCUGAACCUGUUAACAGUAAGCCCUCUGUAAAUACUAGUUCUGCUGUUACAUCAAACACUACAACACAAAAUUCGCACAAACCAGAUGGACCACUGGGAAACAGCAAACCACCACAGAUUCCAAAGUCCUCAGGAAUCCAACCAGAGCCACAAAAGCAGUCAAAACUAGAUCCUCCAAAACCUCCCCCUGGUCGGGGACGAGGCCAGCCCCCAGUGCCUAGCCAGGUGCGCGGACGAGGACGUGGGCAGAGGAGCAGUGGAGAGUUUAAGGGACAAAACACUGUACCAAUUGGGGAAGAGAUGGGAGAAAUGCCUUAUGAUUACAUGCCCCCUGAAGAAAAUGUGGGUAUGCAAGAAGAACAAGAAAACUACUAUUGGCAAGAUCCUUCACAUGAACAGUUUGGUGGUGAGGAAUCAGAAAUGCCCCCAGAAGAAAUGUGGAUGCCAGAAGAACAUCACUUCACAGAGGAAGAGUAUUAUCAAGAGCCAAUAGGGGGACCCCACAUGGGGAGAGGUGGGCCUCCAAUGAUGAGAGGAAGGCCCCCAAUGCCUAGAGGUGGUCCUCCUAUGGGAAGAGGUGGUCCUCCCAUGGGAAGAGGUGGACCCCCUAUGGGUCGGGGAGGUCCUCCUAUGGGUCGAGGAGGACCACCAAUGGGUAGGGGAGGACCACCAAUGGUUAGGGGAGGGCCACCAAUGGGCAGAGGUGGACCACCAAUGGGCAGAGGUGGACCACCAAUGGGUAGAGGUGGACCACCAAUGGGUAGAGGUGGACCACCCAUGGCCAGAGGAGGUCCACCUAUGGCCAGAGGAGGUCCACCUAUGGGAAGAGGAUUACCCAUGGGAAGAGGAGGACCACCUAUGGGAAGGGAAGAACCAGUGGACAGACACUGGGAAGAAGCUGAAUCAAAUGAGUACUUAGAGGAUGAAGACCCUUACUGGAUUGAAAGGAGACCACCAAUGAGAGGCAUGAGACCUCCAUUUCCUCCUGGUCGGGGUCGUCCCCCACGUGGUCACCCUGGUUUCAUGCUUCAAGGACGAGGCCGCCCCCAUUUCCCACCACAUGGGCCAAUAGAUCACGAGCCAUUAGGCCACGGAAUGGAAUCUGAUGAUUCCAAUAUGGAUCCAUCAAUGCAUCCCAUGUACCAUGGACAUGAACCCGCUAGCCAUGCGAUGCAUCCUGACGUAGGACGAGGCAGGCGUCGUGUGCCACCACCACCUCAUGAAAUGAUAGAUCAUUUGGAGGAGCCAAUGUACGAUGAGGAAACGGAGGGAGAAUUAGAUUGGCAGCCACCACCUGGCAGAGGUCCUCCACCACCUCCACAUGAGAUACUAGAUAGGGAUGGACUGAGGAGGAGACCUAUGGGUCGGGGAAUAGGAAGAGGCAUGUGGCCGCCAGGUCCAACACAUGAGGAUUAUGAAGAAGGUUAUAAAGAGGGUUAUGCUGUAGAUUAUGAUCAUGGGGAAGAUGGGUAUCGCUGUCGGCCACCACCAGACUAUCGUCCUGAUGACUGUCGUCGUGAUGCCAGGUAUCAUGAGUCUGAGUGGGACAGAGAGCAUGCACUCUCAGAGAGGGACUAUCCCCCCCGCAAGGCACCAUCAGAGCCAUUCAGAGAACCCCACUGGCAAGAGGAAAGAGAAAGAGGUCACCCAUAUCAAUAUGAUGAACUUGAGCGGGGGAGAGGAGAACUCAGAAUUCGUGAAUACAGGGACGAGCCACCUUACCGGAAGGAUGAACCAUCUUACCCACCUCCUUCAGACUGGGAUAGGCCUUCCAGACGUCCUCCACUGCCAGAGAGAGGGUAUCCAAUAGACUAUGAAGAUCGUAGACCUCGCUAUGAGGAACAAAGAGAAGAAAUUCCUUUACAUAUACCUCCACCUGCAGCUGCACCUGUCACAAACCUACCUGAGAGUUCAGUUGAAGCAGCCAGUGGAGCAAAUGUACUUGCCCUUUCCCAACGCCAACAUGAGAUCAUCUUGAAAGCUGCUCAAGAGCUUAAACUAAUAAGGGAAUUGCAGGAGGGUAAAACCUCUGGUAGUGAAUCAAAGCCUGCACAAACUGAUGUUCUGCCAGAUCUGCCUGCUGGUCUUCUUGGAUUAGAGAUUCCACCAGAAGUCAGGAAUGUUCUGAAGGGUAUGACUGCAACAACUCAAACAACUGCAGCUGAAUCUGUGCCUCUCGAUAUAAAAUCUACUGCCACACAUUAUCAGCCGUCAUUCCCUGCACCUGCAGUGCCGGUUAUUCCAAAGACGGUUGAUUAUGGUCAUGGUCAUGAGCCUGGAACCACAGUUGAGCGGAUCUCUUAUGGUGAGAGGAUUGUGUUGAGGCCUGACCCAGUGCCAUCGGACCGGGGCUAUGAAAAGGAACCACUCAGAGAUCCUUACGGCAGAGACCCAUAUUACGAAAGACGAUCAGACCCUUACAUGGACCGCCGGGAGUACAGCAGAGAGAGGGAAUUAUACAGAGAGAAGCCAGAAUAUGAAAGAGAAAGAUUUGACAGGGAGCGCUACCCCCUGAGAGAAAGAGAUGACAGCACUCAGGCCAUGAAUGAUGAAAGAUCUCCACUGGCGUCUUCUCUACGUUCCGGAUACAGGGAGAGGGACCGGGAUGUUCGAGAUAGGGACCGAAGUGGCAGCCGUGAUCCAGAUGAACAUUAUGGGAGGCCAGGUUAUGAUAGACCUCCAUAUGAGCGUGCUAUACUUGAGCGUACUGGGCCUGAACGUUACAGCCAUAGCCCAUCACCUUACAUGGACAGAAGAAGUUAUCCAGAUGACAGAGGGCCCCCCACUGCACCACCAGUCCCACCUCCGCAACCUCCCCCACGUGUUGAGAAGAAGCCAGAAAUCAAGAAUAUCGACGAUAUCCUUAAACUACCUGGCAGAUUGUCUCGCCCUGAAAGGAUUGUCAUAAUCAUGAGGGGGCUUCCAGGAAGCGGAAAAACCCAUGUUGCAAAGCUCAUACGGGACAAAGAGGUUGAAUGUGGCGGUGCACCUCCCCGAGUUCUUGUUUUAGAUGAUUAUUUCAUGACAGAGGUUGAGAAAGUUGAGAAGGACCCAGACACUGGGAAGAGGGUCAAAAAAAAGGCUAUGGAGUACGAGUAUGAGCCGGAGAUGGAGGAUACUUACCGGAGCAGCAUGCUUAAAACGUUUAAGAAAACCUUGGAUGAUGGCUUUUUUCCCUUCAUUAUUUUAGACACUAUUAAUGACAGGGUUAAACAUUUUGAUCAGUUCUGGAGUGCAGCUAAAACUAAAGGCUUUGAGGUGUAUUUGGCUGAAAUCACUGCAGACACUCAGACUUGUGCAAAGCGGAAUGUCCAUGGGCGCACGCUUAAGGAUAUAAUGAAGAUGUCUAAUAACUGGGAGCCUUCACCACGUCACAUGGUGCGCUUGGAUGUCCGGUCCCUGCUGCAGGAUGCUGCUAUAGAGGAGGUUGAAAUGGAAGAUUUCAAUCCUGAUGACGAGCCCAAGGAACCCAAGAGAGAAGAAGAAGAAGAGAGUGAUCUGGGCUACAUUCCAAAAAGCAAAUGGGAGAUGGACACAUCAGAGGCAAAACUUGACAAGUUGGACGGUCUGGGGAGUGGCGGGAAGAGGAAGCGUGAAGGCGAACAUAUGGCAGGCCUCGAAGACUACCUACAGCUGCCAGAUGACUAUGCCACACGCAUGUCCGAACCUGGAAAGAAGAGGGUUCGAUGGGCUGAUCUUGAAGAGCAAAAGGAUGCAGAUCGAAAGCGUGCUAUUGGUUUCGUGGUGGGUCAAACGGACUGGGAGAAAAUAACAGAUGAGAGUGGCCAGCUGGCACAAAGAGCUCUCAACCGUACCAAGUAUUUCUAAGAAGAUAAUCUUACACUUUUUUUGGUUUCAGUGAAAGGUGCCCAGAAUGUGAAAACUGCUGAAGCUUACUGGCGAUGAAAUUUUGAUCAGGGUGAUUUCACCAGCUGUUAUCUGUUUCUUAUUACAUUCAUUAUUACAGAUAUUAGAGGCUUUUAUUUCUCUGGAUAUAAAUCAAAUCAAUAUGUAGUUUAUAAUUCUCUGAUACGUCUAGUCUUGCAUCCUAUCAUUAUUCUUAUGUUUGGGUUUUUUUGCUGUUUUAUACUCUUCCUAAUUCAUGUACUGUAUACCUGUAGCAAUGUUUCUUGGUCCAUCCAUAGUUUUAAAAGAGACAAUAAAAAACACAAUCUAAA